AGCUGCUUCCACGCGAACAUGCCUCUGGCAAAAGAUCUCCUGCAUCCCUCCCCCGAGGAGAAGAGGGAGCAUAAGAAAAAGUGCUUGGUUCAGAGUCCUUACUUCAUGGAUGUGAAAUGUCCAGGUUGCUACAAAAUCACCACUGUGUUCAGUCAUGCUCAGACAGUGGUUCUCUGUGUCAGCUGCUCAACUGUCCUGUGGCAGCCCACUGGAGGAAAGGCCAGGUUGACAGAAGGAUGCUCCUUCAAAUGAAAGC